AUGCACACGGCUCUCUACGUGGUGAGACCACGCUCCCGAGGGCUCAGCGUAGAGAACCUGGCCACGUCCGGCCAUGACCGCCUUCGGCAGGUUUUGCUGCUGAAGGCCACUGCUGCUUGGCUGCCGCUGCUGCCGCUGCCCUCCGCGCCCGAGCACGCCGCCGCGCACCACCUCCCGCUACUCCCCGCACAGUGGCUGUUCGGUGGUCAUUCUCCACCAAUAGGACUAUCACCCUCCUCCACUGUGGAAUUGGUACCUAUUUUCCCCCAUGUCUGCCCUUCUGGUCUACCACCUCCUGUUGGGAAAAGUUGGACAGAGAAAAGGAUGCCUAAUUACAAGAUCUUUUUAAACAAUCCUUUUGCCCUGGACUCAACAUGGUUUCAUCCUGAGGAAUCAAUAUUGUUCCAUGGUCAGGAAAAGCCUCAUUUUCUUGCAAGCCAAGUGGCCCUGUCGCUGUCCAGGCCGGUUCCCGCCUCCAGGCCUCUCCCUGCCGUGAUCUUAGCGCCGCAGCCCAUACCAGGUGCCUGUCCUAAGAGCUUUAAGCCGAUCAACCACAGUCCCACCAUUGCCAUCGCUGCAGCCGCCGCCGCCACUGCCAUGGUCACUGUGGACCCCGAGGGACUCCGGGACCUGUCCCCUUCCUGCGUGCAGCCAUGCCAUUUCCUGACCUUGGCGCCCAUCAAAAUACCCCUCCGGACAGCCCCCUUCUCAGAUAAAAGCACAGAGUGCCGUGGAGCCCCCCGCCCCCCAGCCUUGAUGCUGCCUGCUGCGGAGAGAAAGAGCCGGGCUGGAGACGAAGAGGACAAGCCUCCUCCACCCAUGCUCGUGAGAGGGGAGAACAGCACAGCAAAAGGCAACAGACCCGUGGCCUCCACCCCCGUGCCUGGAUCUCCCUGGUGUGUGGUCUGGACGGGCGAUGACCGGGUGUUCUUCUUCAAUCCCACCAUGCAGCUGUCCGUCUGGGAGAAGCCUGUGGACCUGAAGAACCGCGGUGACCUCAAGAGGAUCAUCGAGGACCCGCCCCACAAGCGCAAGCUGAAGGCCUCAGCAACAGACAGCAGUGAUGGAUCCAUUUCUGAUGAUGGCCUGGAAGACCCAAGUUUGAAGACCAAGAGGAACCGGACGGACGGUGGUGAGAGCCGUGGGCCAGAUGAGGUUCAGCAAGAGGACAAGGGCAGCGGGGCGCCGCCCGCCCAGGUCCUCCUGCCCCUGGAGGAGCGGGCCACACGCUUCAGAGACAUGCUCCUGGAGAGAGGGGUGUCAGCAUUUUCUACUUGGGAGAAAGAACUACAUAAAAUUGUGUUUGACCCACGCUAUCUCCUGCUAAACUCUGAGGAGCGAAAACAGAUAUUUGAACAGUUUGUCAAGACAAGGAUAAAAGAAGAAUACAAGGAAAAGAAAAGUAAAUUGCUGCUAGCCAAAGAAGAGUUUAAGAAACUUCUCGAGGAGUGCAAAGUGUCACCCAGAACCACCUUUAAGGAGUUUGCGGAGAAGUAUGGCCGUGAUCAGAGGUUUCGGCUUGUUCAGAAAAGGAAGGACCAGGAACACUUUUUCAAUCAAUUCAUCCUAAUCCUUAAGAAGCGGGACAAGGAGAACAGAUUGCGGCUGAGAAGAAUGAGAUGA